AUGGCUGGCCUGAAUGUCUCUGUUGCUUUUUUUUUCCUGGUUGUUGGGGUGUGCCAGGCGCUCAGGCGCCUUUCCAAGAGGCUUCUGUCUCCUGGAGCAUAUGGCUGCCUUGCCAAAGAACUUGCUGGCUCAUUACAGUUGUGCAUGAGCUGCCUUGAGCUGAGGAUGCUGUUGGAGAUUGGGCUGUGGGGGGGUGGCUUUGGCCUAGAUGUGGUCCUGACUCUGCUCUUCCUCCUCUUUGUGGUUCACGGUGCCUCUUUCGAUGGCGCGUCCGCCAACCCGACCAUCUGUCUCCAGGAGUUCCUGCUCCUUGAGUCCAACUUCACAGCAACUGCUGCCAAGCUGCUGGCCCAGGGUGUGGGCACAGGGCUGGGCUGGGCUGUCACCAAGCUCUACUGGUCCUGGGAGCUGACGCCUUUCCACCUCAUUCAGAACUUGAUGGCGUCAGAGUGCAGCUCCUCCAUCCACACACCUCUGCAUCAUGCUGCCUUUGUGGAAGGCACCUGCUCUUUCCUUUUCCACCUUGUCCUUUUCAAGUGGCGCCAGAGUCACCUGAUGUACCGGGUCCUGGUGCUGGCAGCGACCGUCACCUUCUUGACCUACGCAGCCGGACCAUUCACGGGGGCCUUCUUCAACCCUGCCCUUGCCACAGCUGCCACCUUCCACUGCUCGGGGAACAGCUUUUGGGACUACGUCCAGGUUUACUGGCUGGGGCCCCUCACAGGGAUGCUAGCUGCCCUCUUGGUGUUCCAAGGCAAUAUCCCACGACUUUUCCAGAAAAACCUCCUUUACAACCCAAAGAGCAAAUACAAGAUACCCAAGGCAAGGCUGUCAGCGCACAAGGAAGGUGACAAACCACAGCAGAAGAUGAAAGGGGAGAAGAGCAACUUUGAUCCUCGUGUCUGA